AUGAACCAUUAUGUCAUUAAGAAGAGUACGGCCCAGAGCAUGCUUGAAAUAUCUCUGCUGAUGGCUAACUCCUCUCAGCUAAAGUCUGCACUGCAGGAGGGGCCUGAGUACCAAUUCCAUCUCAUUGCACUCAUCAUUCUGUCCAUCACACUUCAGAUCACUGUUGGCCUUCUUCUUAUCCUCACUGUCAAACAUAACCUGAAUGAUGAAAUGAAACAACCUAAAUUGAACAUGUUAAACAAUGUGGCUACAGUUUUGGUCUUCAUUACUCUCCUCAUCAAUGUCCUCAUCACUGCAUUGGGUUCUGAUUCUGCUUGGUGA